UCAAAGCAGUGUGUAAGCGCUUUGCGCAUGCUCAGACCGAAGAGGCCGCUCAACUUCUGUUCUCGGCGCGCUGGAAUCGCCAUAACUGGAACCGGGGAUUCGGUUUAGGGCUCACGGAGUGCCUGUAGCAGGGUGAAUCAGAAUGGGAGACAAGCCGAUUUGGGAACAAAUAGGAUCCAGCUUUGUGCAACAUUACUAUCAACUGUUUGACACAGACAGGACUCAACUUGGAUCGAUAUAUAUUGAUGCGUCAUGCCUUACGUGGGAGGGUCAGCAAUUCCAGGGAAAAGCGGCAAUUGUCGAAAAGCUUUCCAGCCUGCCCUUCACAAAAAUAGCUCACAGCAUCACAGCACAAGACCACCAGCCAACCCCUGAUAGCUGCAUAUUGAGUAUGGUAGUAGGCCAACUAAAAGCAGAUGAUGACCCCAUCAUGGGAUUCCAUCAGAGCUUCAUCCUGAAGAACAUUAACGAGGCGUGGGUUUGCACCAAUGACAUGUUCCGCCUGGCGCUGCACAAUUUUGGUUAAACGCCCCAUGGCUAGCAGGAGGGAAAUAGGGGAAGGUGGAGGAUGGGGUUCCACCCCAAUGACGCCUGAACCUGUCAAUCAGCCCUUCAUCCAUCACACUCAAGAGAAACGGCACCGGAUUACAGCAGUCAAUCACAGAAAAACAUGCAGGCGUAUACAGUACUGCCUCUACUCCAGAAAUGACAUGUUUCUUUGCUGAAAGCCCACACAUCCAUCAAACUGACCCUUUUCCUUCGCCAACCUGCAUGAUGAUGGGGAGCUUAAAUAUCAGAGGACGCCCUGACCAGGACAAAUACGUAUUAACCUAACCUCGGCUGUUUGAUAUUUACAUUUUAGUUGCUGAUUUUGACUUUGAAAUAACAACCGUCUUACUGUCUCUCUUUGCUUUAGUACAAAGUGUGUUCAGCUUGUUUUUAGAAUAUGCUCCUUGAAGUUUAAAUCUUUUUUUUUUUUGUUGUUUUGUUUUGUUUUCGCCCCACUUGAAAAUUGGUGUGAUGUCAGGUUGCUCUAGCUAUCCAAAGAACACCACCCUAAUUUCCCCUUCCCCUCAGACCAGUGUGCUUCCCACUUUCUGCUCACUGCUCUCUGUGACAAUAAUUACCAAGCCACGAUACACAAUAAAACCUUUGACUUUUUCUUAACAACGUCAUCAUCUUGUUCAUCCCCCUGUCUGGUUUUGCGUCUACCUUUUUUUCCCUUUUCUAUGCUUGCCUGUUCAUGUUUUUGAUACUGCUUCAUAUUAGAUUCUCUCAUUAAGAUUACAGAUUUAUUUGAGCGGAGCAGAAAACAGCGGAGCUGUUAUUUCUCUCUUUACAGGUGGCCAGUGUUUCCUGAAGCAGUUGAUUAGACUUUAAUAUAUAUAUAUAUAUAUAUAUAUAUAUAUAUAUAUAUAUAUAUAUAUAUAUAAUGUUGGCUUAUUUGGUAGAACAUCGCUAUGAUUAGCAAUGUCAUUAAUUUACGACAAAUUUUCCUAAUUCUAAAAAUGACAGAAUUAUAAAUGAAUGCUCUUGUUAAAAGAAGAAAAAUCAUAAUCAAAAAGAGCCCAGAUGAAUCAUCUCAGUGCUUUUAUUCUUUCAUUUACCCUUUCUGUUUUAGUUCAGAGGUUUUCCCUGUUUUCCAUAAAAAUGAUAAAAAUCUUAAAGUAAUGAGAUGUGGGAUGUUAUGUUUCAUAAGCUUGUAUGAAUGUAAAUGUCAUCGAGUUUGUAGUGUGGCCAAAGCUGUUAUUACCUUCCAUAUUUAGGCUUAUAUUUUGACAUUUCCAGUACAAGAAGGAUCACAGACACGAAGAGGUGACUAUUUUCUCAUUUCCACAAAAUGUUUACACUAAAGGAGUUGUGUUCAGUGUUUAGGAUUAGAAAAUCAUAUUCAUAAAUAUGAAGGCCUUUGUGCCAAGGUGAUGGUACAGAUAUUUUAGAAAGAUGUCUUCUGCGUUGUAGCUUUUUGCACUGAAAUAUCUAGACAGAUCUGCUAGAACAUCAGUAUAAUGAGUCACAUUUUUGCAUUAUAUAUUUUUUUGCUGGAAUACAUGUAUUGUACACGUACUUCAUGCUUGCUUGGCCCUGCAGAUAUCCACUCUUUUGGUGGUUUAAGGGGUGAAGCAAAAGAAGACUUGAUUUUCCCAAACAAAAACAACAGUAAUACAAUGUGAAUACAGUAAGAGACUACUUCAGCUGAUUACAUGUAUGUGGAAAUAAAGGAGAUCAAAGUAAA